GUUUUCUCCUCCAUCUCCAGCAGCUCACACCGACCCAGGAGCCGCCGGCCCUCCAGGCACCCAUGGGCUCGCUGGUGGCCAAACUCCUCCUGCCCACCGUCAGCACUUUGGUCUUUCUCCCCACCAUCAGCAUCGCGGCCAAGCGGCGCUUCCACAUGGAAGCCAUGGUCUACUUCUUCACCAUGUUCUUCGUGGCGAUUUACCAUGCAUGCGAUGGCCCUGGCUUAUCGGUGCUAUGUUUCAUGCGCUAUGACAUCCUGGAGUACUUCAGCAUCUACGGGACAGCUCUGUCCAUCUGGGUGUCCCUGAUGGCCCUGGCCGAGUUUGAUGAACCAAAGAGAUCGACCUUCAUCAUGUUUGGUGUGCUCACCAUCGCCGUGAGGACCUACCACGACCGCUGGGGCUACGGCAUCUACUCAGGACCCAUCGGGACGGCCGUGCUGGUGAUCACUGUGAAAUGGCUACAAAAGAUGAAGGAGAAGAAAGGGCUGUAUCCAGACAAGAGCGUCUAUACCCAGCAGAUCGGUCCUGGCUUCUGCUUCGGGGCGUUAGCACUGAUGCUGAGGUUCUUCUUUGAGGAGUGGGACUACACCUAUGUGCACAGCUUCUACCACUGCGCCCUGGCCAUGGCCUUUGUGCUGCUGCUGCCCAAGGAGAACAAGAAGGCCGGGGGUGCCGGCAGCCCCGCCAGGCUCAACUGCUCCACGCUGUGCUGCUGUGUCUGAGCCCCCCAACACGGUGCUCUGCUCCACGGGAUCUUUGCCCACCAGUUCCAUACGCGCCCAGGGCUUUUCUUCUGUGGGAUGGUUUGCUCUUUCCACCAUCAGCCCGAGCUGAUGCGCUUUCACUUUGCUAAAUUCCCCUGGAGAAGCCUUUGUAUGGGGUGUGCCCCUGUGCCAGAGAGCUCCGCAUCACCCUGUGCGCCCUUGGCCACUUCACCUCCCCCUGUCCCCUCUGCUGGCCCGGGAGGACCAGAGCUUCAGGCCCAGUUUGAGCACACAGAUCUCUGUUUGUAACACCCAGAACCUGUAUUUUUGUGAGAUAUUCACUAUUUUAUUUAUGCAUUCUCUUGAUGUAAAUAAUACUUAUUUGCAAAGACUUGGCAAACGUGCAA